GCACGCUAUUGGUUGUAACGCUUCCGGAAAGCGGAACGCUGUCAUGGGAGCUGCGUAAUUUGAUCAGACGUCCGUUUUUGUCAUUAAUUUUAUUAUUUUAUUACAAAUACUUUAUCAUUGACUUAACUUUAUGUAAAAUUCAGAUCGACAUGGCCGAGAAGUUUGAUAAUCUCGAAGAGCACCUCGAGAAAUUCGUCGAGAAUAUACGGCAACUUGGAAUUAUUGUCAGCGACUUUCAACCCAGUAGUCAAACAGGACUCAACCAAAAGUUGAACUUCAUGAUCACAGGACUGCAAGACAUUGAGAAGUGCCGACAGCAGAUUAAUGAUAUCAACGUACCGUUGGAAGUAUUCGAAUAUAUUGAUCAGGGGCGUAACCCUCAACUCUACACCAAGGAGUGCUUAGAGAGAGCCUUGGCUAAAAACGAGCAGGUGAAAGGAAAGAUUGACACCUUGACUAAAUUUAAAAGCCUCCUAAUUUCCGAGCUGGGCAAGGUUUUCCCUGAAGAAAUGGCUAAAUAUAAGGCAAUUCACGGAGAUGACCCUCCUUCAUGAUUAACAUUGCCAGUGCCACAACACAUCAAGAUGUACAUACAGUAUGUUUAUAUUAAUAUGACAUGCUUUUUUUUACAAUUCAGAGUCAUCUGCCAAAUAUGCAACUUUUUACAGCUUUUUCAUCAGUGUAUUUACCUUUGUAAGUACACUUCUGGUUUGAGAAUUGAGGGAUAUUUUGGGACAUCCUGAAAACAGUGGAAAGCUUUUUUGUCAUGCAUUGUAAGUUUCGCAGCAUAGUUUUUAUUUUCCUGUUGAAUAAAUUAUUAUUCUAUGUCUUUUGCUUUUAUGAACAACUGCAUUUCUGGUGGAAUACAAAUGUGUCAGUAGGGUUGGGCAAAAUUCAGAAUUUAAGAAUUGGCUUCUUUUUAAUGAAUUGGUUGGAAUUUGAAUUCAGUUGGUCACUCCCUACAGGAUGUUGAAAUAAAAUGACGGGAGGAGGAAUUUAAUGAAUUGUAAUUGAAAGAAAUUCAACAGUCACACAAUAGAGGACAUUCAUUAGUACAAAACAAAAUAAUAAUAAUAAAAAAAUGAAAAGCACUAAUAACUUUUGUGUUCUUAGAGUUAAUUUGUAUGAUGAAAUAUAAAUGUACAUUUCUACUGGUGGAUUUUUAAACAUUAUUACCAUCUAAUAUUUAUGAAAAUACCCCAUGUGUGUGAAUGAUAACAUAAUGGAUAAUGUAAACUUAAAAAUUAAGUGAAUUAUUAAAAACUACACUCGCAGCAAUUAUGAAUUUCUUGGAAGUUCAUUCAGUUUUAAUUGUACUACUUUAAAUUAAAAUCCAUAUUUCAA